AUGAAAUUGCACUACUCUAAAAUAUUAUUAUUUUUACUUCCAUUAAAUAUAUUGUUAACAUUACAUCAAGUGCAUAGUAAAAAUAAACCGUACAUGACACAACGCCUUACACAAACCAAUAGAUCAUUAUGUGAAAGUGACACAGAAUCGUCAAUUUAUGAUAAUGAUGAGGAAAUCAAUUCAGUGAAAGAAAUUUUCGAACGACAAACCUCACAAAGAUUACGAGAAUAUGACGAAAGGUUGCAAGAUAAACGACAAAAACGUAAAGAACAACGUGACAAAAAUAUACAAAAAAUUAUUCAUAAAGAUAAAAUGGUGAAAAACUUAGAAGAAAAAAUAGAAAAAGGUUGUCUUAUGUGUGGGUGUGGGCUAGGAAGUGUUGCAGGAAGUGUUGGAUUAUUUGGUGGGAUUGCUGUAAAUGUGUGGAAAACUGGGGCACUUAAGAUUGCUAUUGACAAAGCUAUAGCUGCGGGUGCUACUAAAAUUGCGGAGGCCGCUGAAUCUGCGGGUGCGGCUGAAAUAAUGAAAUUAAUAAAAUCAAAAUAUGUUUUAUCAACUCUAGGUGGUAAGGAUUUGGGGACCUAUUUUGCUACAACAUCUUAUAAAGAUGUCGCAAGCAUUACUCAAGCUGUUUCUAAUCAAUAUUUACAGACAUGUACAGAUAAUUCUUUAGGGAGUCUAAGCUUCCGUUUAGUUGACGCUAAGCGUGAUAUUCCUUUUUGCAAUUCGGUGUGGAACCAAAUUCAAGCUGUAUCAACAACAAAAAAGGGUAUUUCAUUUACAGAUGGUAUAAAAACAGCUGUACAAAAUAUAGCGUCAGACGCCAAUGGGGUUGCUAAUGCAGCUGCUGAGAUUGCUGAAGCCACUGAAAAAGCAAAAGCUAUAAAGACGAGCACAGAUGCUAUAGAAGCUGCAAGUACACAGUUGUACGGUCCAAUUGGUUACUCCAUCCUUGCCAUAUUAAUUAUAGUUUUAAUUAUGUUGAUAAUAUAUUUGAUUUUACGUUAUCGACGAAAAAAAAAAAUGAAGAAAAAAGCCCAAUACACAAAAUUAUUAAAUCAAUAA